AUGUUAAACAACGAUGGAGACGAUUCACCUGCCAAAUGCAGGGAGCGCCGAAGAAGGAGAAUCGAGAUGAGGCGUCUCGCCGCUAUCUCCACCACUGGUAAUUCUUCUCAGCCGACUGAUACUCAGACUCCAAAGGAGAAGAACCAGGCAGCGGCGACGGCAGAGAGCUCGAGUUCAACCACAGAAGGAAAGCGGGUUGUUGAGGUGGCGAGUGAAAUUCCGGCGGCGGAGCCUGUGUUUGGAAGCAUGUCAGUGUCGGGGAGGUCACGUGAGAUGGAGGAUGCGAUUUCUGUUCAGACCAGCUUUUGCCAGCCGGUGAUUAACCGCCGGAGGCCGGUGCAUUUGUUUGGUGUUUUUGACGGUCAUGGCGGUCAUCACGUGGCAGCAUUAUGCAGGGAACGGAUGCACGUGUUAAUAGAGGAAGAACUGGCACGCGUGGACUCAACGCCGCCGCUUGCGAGUGGGGAUUUUGGGCCGGAAUGGGAGGAAAUGUGGAGGGGAGUGAUGAAGAGGAGCUAUGUGAGGAUGGAUGAGGUGGCGAUGGGCAUGUGUGCAUGUGGGAGUGAGGGGUUCCAAUGUGGGUGCCACCCUAUGCAGAUGGUGCUUGGCGGGUCUACCGCGGUGGUGGCUGUGCUAACCCCGGAGCAUAUAAUUGUUGCUAAUUGUGGUGACUCACGCGCCGUCCUAUCACGUGGCCGGAGGACCAUUCCCCUUACUGUGGAUCAUAAGCCGGAUAGGCCAGACGAGCUUGCAAGAAUUGAAGCUGUAGGAGGCCGAGUGAUCUUCCUGAAUGGAGCUCGAGUUGAAGGCAUUCUUGCUAUGUCUCGAGCAAUAGGUCAAACCAUGGAGCUGCCAAGGUGA